AUGGAAGAAGGAAUGAUUAUUGAUAAUUAUAUUAAUUCCACCAUUGUUUGGCCACUUCCUAAAGGUGUCACUCUUCAUGCUAUUGUUGAUGCUUCUAACAGCAGCACUCUCGAUCUUGUCUAUGUUUACAAGAGAAAAGCUGAUUUUGUUACUUUAAACAGAAUGAUAUGGGGACAUAAUAGCUCUCCAUCCAGUUCGAGGAAACAUACUAAUGGUGGAUUAGCAAUUUCUACCGAUUUUCGAAUGGCUGCCGAUAACACAGGUUUCCCAGAAUGGAGAACGAACGAUGAUCAGUUGACUUAUAUCUUUAUAGAAAUUGUGAAGAAAUGCCCAGGAGUAACAUACGGUGAUCUGCUUGACAUCUUACAUGAAACAAUCGAUGUUGUCAAUAAUAGGGGAUCUGUUUUCUCCAGAUUCUUAAGAUCAAUGUUAGAGGGCAAGAUAUUACAGAAGCCUCAACUUUCAGCUUCUGAACCAUUUGAUGUUUACAAGAAACAUUUUAUUUUGUAAACAUGAAAGCAUCAGAAUAGCUUCACCGGCCUCGAACGUUUUAUUUUGGAUUUCUAUCUGCUGAUCCUAUCUCUGAUGGAUAAGUUAUUUUGUUUUGGUCAUUUCCUUUUUGAAAUGUGGAUUCUUCCAAAUUUUAGGAUUGCAAUUAAUCAAUUGUUUAUUCUCA